CGAGCACACAGCGAGGAUACGAGGGCGGAUCCAUGGAAGGGAGGGGGGGUGAGGGGGUAUUGGUGUGGACGAAAUGAAUGCGGCUCUGUGAGCAGCACUAAUACGCAGUAGUGGCUGCCUUUUUUUGAGUGGAGUGGUUCGCGAACCUGGGCCAAAAACACAUGCACCUGUUUCUGCCCCACUCGGCCUGUAGGGUGUAGGUGGCACCUCAUGGAGAUGAUGACAGGGAGCUCGACCGACACGCGCAGAGACCGCUUUCGGCGCCUGCAAGGUGCGAGAUAUUAAGGUCGUCCUGCCAGCGAGCACAAAAGGGAGCCUCUUCGAAAUCCUCAAUCUCGUGAAUCUGUAUCCUCUCCCAGACACUAAAAGAGGGUCAGUUCUCUAGAUUCACCACUUCUGGGAGCCCAAUACCUCGGGACUGUGGCAUCGUGGUCCCCUCCCUGUGCACAAGCACCUGAUAUCUUUCUCUGGCUUGGAGAGAGAGGUGUUUAGGGUAAGUUAGGACCAUCCCUCCAGACACAAAAUACCCAAAAGCCCCUCCAAAGUCCCUGGCCGCGCCAACUUUGCACAUUCGCACACUGCAAGAUAUUUUCCGGAAGAACUUGACACCGAGGACUGACGCUAAAACCUUUUUGGCCGUUGCUCCUAGGGGCUUUCGAUACCAUGGCCUAUCCGAAUCCCGGAGAUAAACGGUUACCGCAUUUGAGAUCCACUCCACCCCGCGGUGGCGGAUCGGCCCACACGGCCAUUGCCGCUGACUUGUUGGUCCGGAAGCAGCCUCCUCCUCUACCAAGGUACCAUUCUCUCUCUCCCUCUUGCUGGCCACCUACCAGGAUUCUGAAUCUUUCAUGGCGUAGGACCGGGAGUUAUCAGAACCAUACUUCGCCGACAAUCAAACAGGAGCCUAGCAAGUCCUUGAACAACUUGAGCCUUGAAGACUCUGCCAGACCUUUCCGACGGGCCAAUGAAAUAAGAUCAUCCAACCGCCCAGCAGCCGAAUCCGAAUGGCGACCCAGCAAGAUCGGACCGGGCUCGGCCUCUCCAGCCUACUCUCCCGGCCGCCAUGAGCACGAAUUCUCACGCAUUCACUUUCCACCCCCCGACUCGAGUAGACGGUCGCCUUCAGCAGGGGGCUACCAACCCUCUCAGCAGACACCCGUCCCACACCAGUCUCGUCAGAACAGUCGUACUCUGGCUCAGCACGCAGAGUCGGAAAGGAGAUGCUAUGAUGCACGACCCGCGUCGGCUCACUCGUCCCAGGAUGAUUUCUCGGCCGAGGCCGACAUCAAACCCUUACUCCAGCCUGAAACCCGGCCCAUCUCCCAGGAACAGCUCGUCAACGAGGUCAAGGGCAUUUACGCUGGCCUUGUCAUGGUCGAGAAGAAAUGCGUCGAGAUAUGUGCGCAACAAGCUCAAACCACCACCAAACUCUCCAACGAGCAGUGGCAGGCAUUGAUCGCCUUACAUCGCACCCUCCUCCAUGAGCACCAUGAUUUUUUCCUGGCAUCCCAACACCCGACAGCAUCACCGGCAUUGUGGCGCCUGCCCACAAAGUAUGCAAUGCCGGCCCGCAUGUGGAGGCAUGGUAUCCAUUCUUUCCUUGAGCUGCUCCGUCAUCGUCUCCCGUAUUCUUUGGAGCAUAUGCUCAGCUUUGUGUACCUCGCGUAUCAAAUGAUGGGGCUUCUCAUGGAAUCCGUGCCCGCUUUCCACGAGACCUGGAUAGAAUGUUUGGGCGACUUAGCUCGCUAUCGGAUGGCUAUCGAAGAAGCUGACCUACGAGAUCGAGAGACGUGGUCCAACGUUGCUCGUAUGUGGUACCAGAAGGCCGCAGACCGCUCGCCCGACACCGGGAGGAUCCAGCAUCACCUUGCAGUUCUCGCCAGGCCCAAUAUUGUCUGCCAAUUGUUUCACUACUCAAAGGCCCUUAUCUCUGUCAACCCGUUCCCCAACGCCCGGGAUUCCAUUAUGCUAUUGUUUAACCCCUUAUUGGACGCAUGCUCAGGCCAGAAGUCUAGGUUGGAUUCGACCCAUUCCAAAUAUUCAAAGCUCGAGAGUUCUCUGGUGACUGCCGCCGGCCUUCUGUUCACCAAGGGUUCCAUCGACCAGUAUUGCUUUCAGGUUGGCCAGUUUACAUCGGAAUUGGAGAACCACAUAGCUCGAUCCGGUGUCAAUUGGAAGGUCCAGGGACCCGAGGUGGCUUCUGCGCUCAUUGCCUUCCUUCUCGACUAUGGGUCGGAAGAGAACUUCCUAUGGAAAUCCUUCCGUGCUGACCGCGAUGGACUUCGAGGCUCCCAGAUUGAUCCGCAGCAGCAACAGCAGCAGCAGCAGCAGGAAUGCAGCUCCACGAUCACCCCCGACCCCAUGGCCAAACAACGCAUUCACAGCGAGUUCUGGGAACAAAAUGGACCCAUCAAUGCAAGCGACUUCCGACAGGCUCCUCCACCUCCGGAACAUCGUGUCAAUGUCAAUUUUACAUCGGCAGAUGAAGUUACCUCGUACGCUCUUCCCGUCUGGUCCAAGGCUAUCUCCAUUGUCGCUGCCAAGCUUGGGGACCGCAACAUCCUACCCUUCCUCCAUCUUACGUUAGCAUUCCUUUGGUCACUAUCAUACGUUCCAGGUGCUCUGAUCUACGUCGAAAAUUAUGUUCCGUGGAGUGUGUUGGUCCUUUCUUUGAACAGUUUGAGCAGAUCCGGUGUGGUUGACGCGCACGUCGAAUCCAAAGAGUUCCCUCAACAACAGUCUGGCACGGGAAGACAGUUGCCCGAAGACUUUCCCAUCCGCGGCCUGGUCUGGGCGCCGUAUUAUUUCCCGUCGGACUUCUUUGAGGGAGACGUGGUGGAUGAAGAUGAACGCGCAUUGGAACUGCCAAGCCACACAGCACCACGGGCAGAGCGGUGUCUCUGGCUGGGAGUUCGACUUGCAUCGUUGAAUCGCUACAUAACAUAUGACCGCUCCACAAAGCAAUUUGGCUGCACCAGCUUUGCUUUGUCGCUCUCGGAGAAUGCAUCGAUGCAUACGUUGCGCGUUCAAACGCCCAUCACCGCUGAACUUGAUCUGCAAAUGACCGACGUCUGAUUUCGAAGACAUCUGGAAGCCGCCAGCGGCGAAUCCGGUGGGUAAUCGGGCCCGUCAGAUUGUUCCGACGUUGUGCUUGACCCAUCGCUGCCAUUUCGGCUCCGGACGAUCUUUCUGGACGAAGGAUUUUGAUUGCCUUACCCGGCAGUUUAUCGAAAGAAAUCAACAAACACCUGGACGGGCCCCUGUCAGUGGCCACACUCGGCGUGCACGUCAGAAACGCCAAGUGAGGACGUGUGAGAUUGUGCGGAGGCGGACUGUUUGCAAUAUUUUGGGGGGGAAGCCAACUCAACUAGCUAACAGCAGGCAUGGAUGGGUGAUCCGGGUAGAAAGAAGCCAGGAUGGAGGCCGCCUCGACUGUACUUGUUCUUUUUCAAGUAACCAGCAAUAUGUUGAACACCUUAUGCAGCAGACUUCUGAAGCCAAUUGACGAGCCACGUGUGUUUUUUUUUCUCCCUUCCUUGACCACAAGUAUGCCGUAGGUUGAUUGCCAUGACCAUGUGCGUGGCCGCAGUCUGGAGGGACUUGGCUCUCUGGUUAGAUCGGGGAAGACCGAUAGGAUCUGUG